CGUUCCGCGCUUGUCCUAUCACGGCGACGACGCCCAAACGAACGUUUGAUGGCGACAAUAUCUGAAUGGGAUAAUUAGAUUCCGUCCGCUGCCUUUCCAAUCUGUGGAGAUCUGUCUGAUUUCUCGCCGUUGCCUGCCAGAAACAGCCAGUCCACCGGCUCUCGUUUAUAUAAGUUCGUCCUCGUCCUCGAGUCCCUCAGAGAUGAGCUCCUUCCGCAACCACCGCGUCAUCAUCGCGUCGCUGUUCCUGCCCACCACAGUCGCGCUCGGCGAGUCCGGUCCACCCACGCCAGACCACCGCAUCGUGCCCGACAGCGAGCCAGUAGCAGUGUCCAAUGGCGUGAACCAGAAACAGCAGCCGGCUUACCGUCAACGUCAGUCGGGUCAACCGCCUCUCAUGAGCAUCGUAGAGGAUCUCAAGUCUCGUGCGAUCACCCCGCUCGCAUCUCCUCAGCCAGACAUCCCAAACCCAUUCACAAAAUUCGUCCACAUCGCCAGUCCGCAGCCGGGGAAGACUCCACACUCGACUUCCACACACACUCCUGCGUCGUCGCACUCUAAUAACGGGUCUUUUCCCUCCGAUUCCAACUCACCACAGGUUCCUUCGCUCGAUCGUUCAUUCUCGCUUUUCCGUCCGCGCAAGUUCCAGACUACCCAUCAGGACGUCCAGCAUUCGGCCCGUCUCCAGCGCAAACAGUCCCGCUCUUCUUCGCGUCGACCCACGUCCGUCGCACGCGGCUCCAGUUCCGACGGAGCAUACCACCCCUGGCACAUCUCGCCUAACACGCACUGCAACGGCGGCCUUAAGAAUGCCGUUGAUAGCGUCAAGGGCAGACUGCCGCACCGACUCUGGGUAGGCACUCUCGGUAGCAACACUGACGGCUUUGGCCGUGAGAUGCGCAAGAAUAUCGAUAAGAGAAUGCGAGAGAUGUGCGAUAGUGUGCCCGUCUGGAUUCCUGACGGCGAAUUUGAGAGCUGCUAUGACGAGUUUUGCCACCAGGUCUUAUGGCCCUGUCUCCACUACGCAGUCCCAGACGCUCCGAAGACCAAAUGUUUCUAUGAGAGCGCUUCGUUCAAGCAGUAUAGGUCCGUCAAUCAGCGUUUCGCAGACGUUAUCAUCGAAAACUACCGCGAAGGCGACAUCAUCUGGGUGAAUGAUUAUCACCUCAUGCUUCUUCCUGCCCUCCUUCGAUCACAUCCGAAAACGGCAUUGGCACCCAUUGGUUUCUUCCUCCACGUUGCUUUCCCUUCCUCCGAAAUCUUCCGAUGCCUUUCGGUGCGCGAUUCCCUGUUAAAGGGGGUCCUUGGCGCAGAUUUAGUUGGUUUCCAAACUGCCAACUAUGCCAGACACUUCAGGCAGACCGUGUCUCGUAUCCUGGCAUAUGAGUCCCUGCCAAAGGGCAUACAAGUCGAAGGUCCCGUUGCUCCCGUUAGCACCGGUGGGGAGGCUGAGACAGAGUGGAGGGAAAGUGCCGAGGGAAAGAAAACCAAGGAGAAAGGGCGUUUCGUGGACGUUGGCGUCUUCCCGAUGGGUAUCGACGUGAAUUCUCUGAGGGAGAAGAAGCGUCAGCCUGAGGUCCAGUAUUGGGUCCAGUUACUUAGGCAACGCUACGCAGGGAUGAAGUUGAUAGUGGGACGGGACAAGCUCGACGAGAUCCAGGGCGUUCGCCACAAAAUCGAGGCGUUUGAGCAUUUCCUCAAGUCAAACCCUGAGUUCCAAGGCAAGGUCGUCCUAAUUCAGGUAGCCCUCCAGACAACCGAAUCCAACGAGCUCGCGGGUGGCGUUUCGGAUGUCGUAGCGCGCAUCAACGCCGCAUUCUCUACCCUCACUUACCAACCUGUUGUCUUUUUGCAUGUACAAGAAGUCACAUUCAGCCAAUAUCUCGCUCUUCUGACUGUUGCUGACGCGUUCAUGGUGACGAGUUUGAGGGAAGGUAUGGCACUUCGGACACACGAGUACGUCGAAUGCCAGGAGGAGAGGAAACGGGCGUUGAUCCUGAGCGAGUUUACGGGGACGUAUAGUUAUUCUGGUUUUCGAUCGUGCUUCGCCGUGAACCCAUACGAUACGCGCGGCACAGCCAAAGCUAUUUAUCAGGCCCUAACCAUGUCCGACGAAGAAGCUGCCUCCCGCUGGCAAGAUCUCCACAAUCACGUCGUCACUCAAACCGCCCAGGCAUUCAUCCCGUCUUUCCUCACCCGAUGCCUCCGCGCACACACGGAGCAUGCCUCUCUCUCCAUCGAUCCAUCUCUUGUUCCGCCGCUUGAUCUUAGUCGUUUGAUUCCCAAGUACCGGCAUUCCGCUUCGCGCCUCAUCUUUGUCGACCUGGAAGGGUGUUUGUGGGUCCGAGAUAUGUCGAGGAAUGCCAUGAUGGAGAUGAUGAAGAGUGGGAAGGGCCCCAUGGUGGAGAUUCCCGAAAGCACGAUACAGGUACUCGGCAGGAUGGUGGAUGAUCCGAAGAACGAGGUUUGGGUGCUCAGUGGGUUGCCUGUGAAGGGCGCACUCGAGAGACUUGCGGAGAGGGUUCCCAGCGUGGGUAUUGUGGCCGAGAACGGGUGUUUUGUGAAGACAAGAGAAAUUAGUGGCAAGUCCAAUGGACAAACUAACGGAGCGAGAUGGAUCAAUAUGGUGGCUAACUUGGAUUUUGCGUGGAGAGGGCCAUGUAUCGAGAUCCUUAACUACUUCACCGAGCGUACGCCAGGCUCCUUCGUCGAGGAACGUGCUACAUCUAUCGUAUGGCGCUUCUGGACAGGUCCUCCGGAUUCUACAGCUUCAAUUGAUGAUGAUGAUCCCACUACUACUACCAACGACGUUUGUUCUGCCGUGAACGCAACUGUGUCAUCCCAGUCACACUAUUCCGAUCACAGCUGGGCCCGUCGUCAAGCUGCCGAAGCACAGAACCACAUAUUCGAUUCCCUUGGAGAACGAUACGGUCUCCGCAUCAUACCCGGUCAAAACUCUUUCCUUGUCCUGCCCAAUAAUAUCUCGCGUUCGACAGCUGUCGGCACGAUCUUGCACCCUGGAGGGCCUGCUUGUUCACCGCUUGGCGGCGGCGCUGGUGUUGGCGACACUGACUAUGACAGCUACUGGAACCCUUCUGUCGGGAGCAGUGCUGGAAGGAUGGGUGGGGGGAGUACGAGUGGAAGGGUUAGCUCUGCGAACGAAUCUACCCUCGUGCUUGGGAUUGGGGCCGACGAAAAGCUGCUGAGGCGUUUGAAUGAGUUGGAUGAUGCGGAGACGGUGUCGACGAGUAGGAGGGGGACUGAUGCGAGGUGGAAACUUGACCCUAGGGAGGUACUGGGUGUGUUGGAGACGUUGGCACAGAUCCGAUGAGGUGAGGGCUUUUUUUGUACCUAUGUUGCUGGCAGUCCAGAUGCGUUCAAGAAGGCGUGUAUGCAUCAAACCUCAGAGACUUACCGUUCUGUUUUAUAUACACGCAUAUGUUCCCAGCGACUCGAUUCCUAAGCCUUGUUGUAUUCCCCCCACUCUCGCUUUCCUCUAUCUUACUAUGAUUUUUUGUUUUUGUGUGGUGGUACACAUACACGAUAUUGCUUAUACGGUUAUAGACUGGUACACGAUUAUGGAAUAGAUGUUUCUUAUCUGAUGUACUAGGAGGCAAACCUGGUGCAGGUGUCGAAGCCACCGAAACUUACGCGUACCGUGUCGGCAGUUUUACAAAAUCUACUACUUCCUAGCAUUAUUU